GGCUAGCGGCGGUUUCUGAUUGGACGGUGGGCCCUGUUUGAAAAGCGGCCGUUUGAGAGACUCUUUAACUGGCGGCCUCGAAGUAGGUAUUCCUUCUUCCCGGGAUACCAGUUCCAUCGUUAUCACUAUCACUAUCACCAUCAGCGCCAGCUGCUGCGAUGGCGUCGCCUGGCAAAUGGGAAAUAGUCAACAAGAAAAAUAAGAAAGCCACUUUGACAAGAAACGAGAAGAAGUCGGCGCGGAAGGCCUUGUCUGAGAACAUGCCUCGGAUAGAUCCAGUCCCUCCUUUGAAACCAUCUGAAACUCUCUUUGAGCUUGGAUUUGAAAAAAUAGGGAAGAAGCAAAACAAAGAACAAGUUCCUCCAACAUCAGCUCCUGAGAACCAACAGCCAAGAUCUUUCUCUGGAGGAAAAAUGGUCAAGAAAUCCUCUGGCAAUUCAGGAUUGAAGCACAAGCGGUUUCCUUCUUUGGACACUGCUGUUAAAGCUCUUGAUUUAAAAGAACUUCAGGAGCAGCUGGAUAAAAGCCAAAAUUUGUUUCCUGGAAAUCCAUCUGUCUGGGUGAAGGAUUUGGCUGGAUACUUGAAUUAUAAACUACAAGCGCCAGAGACAGACCCUACCCUCAGUCAAUAUUCAUUUGACUAUCCGUAUAGCCUUGCUAACAAGGAUCUUCGGAAUAUUAUCAAAUCGCUUUUGGGCAAAACAUCAGACCACUUGGAACACUUCUUUGACCACUGUAUCUAUACUAUGUUGCGUGAACAAGAUAAGGCUGCAGGUGAGUCCCUACAUGGCUACAGAGUUUGCAUUCAGGCUAUAUUGCUAGACAAGCCUCAUAUUGGAACAAUGAAUCUUGGAAAGUAUCUGGAAUUGCUGAGAUCCCAGUAUAAUAAACCAAAUAAGUGCCUCAGCAUCAUGUGGGCCUUGGGACAAGCUGGAACUGAUUUAGCAGAAGGACUUAAAGUGUGGCUUAACAUCAUGCUUCCUGUAUUGGGUGUCAAAGCUCUGUCUGCUUAUGCAAUUAGCUAUUUGGAUCGAUUGCUAAUGAUGCAUUCUAAUCUGUCCAAGGGAUUUGGAAUAAUUGGACCAAAAGACUUUUUCCCAUUGCUGGACUUCGCUUACAUGCCCAACAACUCACUUUCACCCAACUUACAGGAUCAAUUACGCCAUCUUUAUCCUCGGCUGAAAGUGCUGGCAUUUGGUGCAAAACCUGACUCUACACUACACACCUACUUCCCCUCUUUCUUAUCAAGAGCAACUCCCAACUGCCCUCCAGAGAUGAAGAAAGAGCUCUUGAAAUGUAUGGUUGAAUGCUUAACCACAGAUUCUAACAGUUUCAGUGUAUGGAGACAGCUGUACACCAAGCAUCUCUCUCAGUCCAGUCUCUUGCUAAAUAAUCUUUUGGAAAUCUGGAACAACCUUCCAGCAAAGGUGCAGAAAUCUCUGCAAGAAACCAUUCGUUCAUUUAAAGUUACAAAUGAAGAACUAUCUGGGAAAAGUACUGCAAAUUUGCAAGAAAUACAGGCCUGUAACACUGCAUGCAAUAAUCUCCUGCAGAAACUGAAAGGUGGUGGCUUCCCGUGGUUACGCCUGUUACUUGUGCUCACUGUUUUUGCAGCAGGCUUUGUGAUGCAUGACAUCCGAACACAUGGAUCCUUCAAUGCAUCGUCAUCUGCUCAUGUACUACAGCAGUCAGGAAUGAUGUCUGUGUCUCAGCAGGCUUGGAAUAAAAUAUCUCAUUAUUCUAAGCAGGGAUACAGCUGGAUAGAAACAAAUACUCCUUAUUACUACUCAGAAGCUGUAACAAUGUUUGGACCAAGUCUUGAGUUGGUUUGGAGGAGGCUGCUUGAACUAAUCAUAUAUACAAAGGACACAAUAUCAACUCGUAUGGCAUGGAUUGUUGAAAAUCUACCCAGAUUUACUGAAUGGCUUCAUUCUAGUCUCCCAGAUGUAAUGUUGCAGUUUGUAGAAUAUGUCAAGGAAUUGCUUCUCUUCGUACUUCAGAAUUACAUAUUACCAGCUUUAGAAUAUAUCAAAAUGGUAAUAAAAGAAUGGUGGAAGCAACUUGUUAAUUCUUGCGAGGGUGAAAUCAGUCGGGAGUGUCUGAAAACACAUUUUGUGAACCUGAUACAUUUAACAUGGAGUUAUCUCCAGAACACAAUGACUACUGUCAAAAACUGGACGUCCUCUAUGAUCUCCAAUCAUUGAACAAGAAGCAUAUUCCAAGCCUUUUUGAAAGCAACAAUUAUUGCAUUGAAGAAUUCCUAUGACUUGACCUUGCUUCCUGCUGUGGAGAAAGUUGAGAAUUAAUUGAACUAAAAGUACAAAUGCCACUAAUUUUCUGUUUAUAACAAUUUUUACUUCAUUCAAUGCAUGUAUUUUGUAUCCAAUUUUCUUCAAACUCGGAUGUUAUAACUGUCUUCUAAACAAAUUUCUUUCUGCACGUGAAACUUUGGAUAAUGAACUCAAUUUAAAGCUGCAAUGUUCAAAUGUUUAUAGUGUGAUAAUACAGCUGUUCAUUCUCUUGCUGCAAUAAUUAGACUUCUGAUUUCAACUGUUUAAGAUUACAGUAUUUUAAAAACCAAUGCCACGUGAACCAGCCAUGUUCAAUUUUAAUGGAACAACUUGUGUGUUUUUAAGUAACUGCAACAGUUGAUGGCUAACUUUGUGUUGCUGUAGUUUGUUUAUAAUUAUAAAAGGUAAAUUACUCUUGAAGCCAUUUGUUCUGCAGGCUGAGGGGUUUAUGGAAGAAUGUGGUAAAUGUUAUCAAAUCUAGCUUUUAGGUUCAACAGUACUCAUCAACUUUUGGCUAUUCAGAAACUUGAAAAUGGUUGCUUUAUUGAUUUGGUGACACCCUCUUUCAUUUAGCAAGAGUUUUCUAGGCAGUGUAGUAUCUAAUUCAUGAACAUCAUAAACACCUGAUAUGUUGCCUGAAAUGAGCACUUCAGAAUUUCUACAAAUUUGGUUAAUAUCUGAUAUGCGUCAUCCUAUCAAAUGGCCUAAAAAAUCCUAGUCAGUUGUGGUAAACAAUGAUAGUAUAAAUAGCAUCACUUCAACUAUGGUUUAACAGGAUGAAGUAGUUACAUCACUAAAUGCUUCCAUAAUAUUCUCCAGCCAGAGAUACUUUGAAGCAAAUACCCCUCCCUACAGUGCAUCCCUUCCUGUGUUUGGGACUGUUAUUAAUCUGUUAAUCCAGUGUUACACAUACAAAUGAUGUAAUCAAUAACUGUCCAAAAUGAGGUCUUGUCAUUUCCCAGAGUGUAAAUCAUUGCUAUUAUCCUACUCUUGCUUAAUCCCUUUACGUCCAAUUCUUGCAUAACAGCAUGUGGGUUUUGUAAUGCAUUAAUUUACACUAGUACACUGUCUUGUACUAGUGUACACAAUAUCACCAUUUGGUCUAAACCUUGGGUAAUGAUACUUCCUUUGACAUUCAAAUUAUUUUUGGUAAAUAUGCCCAAGUCAUGUUCCAUUUAUUUUGUUUGAGGAUUUCUAAGAUUGUAGCUGGUGCACUACAUCUGAAGACGUUUGUUAAUAACUUCCUUUGCAAAGUUGUGAUUCAGUUUUUGGCAGACAUUGCCCAGUGAUGUUGUUCAGUGUCAGUAUUGAUAACAACAUGUGAAGUUAUUUCAAGCAUGAUUGUAGGUUCUGCAUGAUUGGCUCAGUAGUUCAGUCUGCCCAGUUGCUCUUACGUGGAAGAUUGUAUGGCUGAAAGGAACUGCUCCUACUGCCAUUGCUUUUCGAAGAUUUGUUUGUUUGCAUACACAGCUUUUUAAAAAUAUGAUACUAUCCUCCUAAACAUAGUAAUCAUUUCAGUUACAAAUGCAAUGUGUGAAAUAUAGUACAUGUAAUGCACAUCUGUGUUGAUCUUAUCUUGCAUUUAUUCUUCAAAAAGCUACAGUUGGCCACGUACUUGAAUUUUUUUCAUCCAUUUCAAAGGGAGACCAAAGUGAUAUGGAGAUAAUUAUAGAUGUGUUUUUUGUCAUUCUACCAUUAUUUCUUUUCCAAUAAGAACUACAACUAAUGUUCAUCUAAAUUAUGCCCAUAAAUUUAUGGGAAAGGUUGAGAAGACUACUAUUUACUUUAAGAUGUAGUUAAGACUGCAUGUGUAUUUAUGAAAAUAUAAUCUUUAUUUUGUAUUAUUCAAUUAAUUUGGAAUGUGAAUAUAGUAUAUUUCACUUUAUUUAUAUUUAAGGUGGUAGUUUUAUUAAAAAAAAAAUUGUUUCCUGUAUCUUAGUGCUCUCUAACCACUUUCUCUCCUUGUCUAUCCAAAAUAUUAAGCAAAUUUCACUUGGUUCAUCAUCUGGCCCCAUUUUAUUAAUUGACAUUAUGAUUUGAUUUAUAGUUUCCUUGUUCAUUGACUAAUUUAUUCAAGGGUGUUUUUUUAAAACACUGAUUCUAUAUGUACAUACUGAUUGUGACCCAAGCAGUGGAUGUAUUUGACCAACACAAUGUUUAAUUCUCCUUCAGAACAUGAAAUUGAUAAUGUGUAUUGUCCCAAUGUAAAUUUCAAUCAUGAAUAUUUCUGGUGGAAAAAAAUAAAGAUACCCUGCAUCUUU